GCCUACGCAGAAACAUUUCCCUUCCUCGAAAGUCCACUUUUGGGGUCAGCACUUACAUUGCGUCACCUCUUACAUUUAUUUGCUGUUAAAUGGUCACAAAAAAUACACACAUACAUGCACCUUUUCUUCUUAUCUACAAAACCCCUCUUUUUUUCUCUCCCACCUACCAUUGCUUUUUUCAUUAAUCAUGGACCUGCCGGAUUUUUACUCCGCCGACAGGCCAUCUCCGACGAGAAGAGAACUACAGGGUCCUCGUCCCACCCCACUUAAAGUCAAUAAAGACUCGUACAAGAUCAAGAAGCCACCAGUAGCCCCACAACCACAACCACAACCACAACCACGUCCUCCGCCGCAGCAGGCGUUCACGACUCAGCGAAACCAGCCGUUGAUAAUCUUCUCGGUCUCCCCAAAAGUCAUCCACACCACCGUCAGCGAUUACAAAGACUUGGUGCAACGUCUAACCGGCGCUUCGUCCUCUUCCGGCGAUAUCUCUCCGGCUGCGUGCGGCGGCGAUAUCUCUCCGGCGGCCAGGAUAGCUUCCAUAGAGAGGACGAGCCCGAAGGAGAGAGACAAGGAGAGAGAAAGAACUGGUGAUCUGAUGGGUAGUUUUGAAGGGGUCGAAAUGGGGCAGAUUCCGGGGAUCUUGUCGCCGGCGCCGGCGACUCUAGCUCCUAUACCGUGUGGGUUCUUCUCGCCGUCAUCUGACCCACAUGCCUACUCUCUCUUGAAUGAUCUAAGUCCUUUCAUGUAUGGGAACAUGUUCAUACAAAGUCCUUCAGCCUUGCUUUCCACUCCCAUGCUUUCACCCUCUCCCUCAUCAUCCUAUGAUCUAUUCAACCUAUUUUCUUGACUUUUAGUAAAGUUUCUAGAGAGAGAGAGUGUGUGUAAUACAGUAGUGAGAGAAAAAUUCAAGCACUAACCUAUUUUUCUAGAGAGAGAGAGAGAGGGAGACUUUGAGGAAAGAAUAGAAGAAAGUCAUUGCCAACCGUAUAAUUGUAUUUAAUUACUUGAAUUUUAUGGUAAAAAGUAAGUACUCACUCUUUGUGUAGCUUCAAUCAAUUUACUCGUGAAAUGAGAGGUCGGUUGGUUUGUUUUUUAAUGGGCUUUGCAACUUGUAGUUGGUUUUGUUAUUUAAGUGGCCUUUUGCAACUUGGUGGGCCAUGAGACUGCAUCGGGUCAGUGGUCUUCGUCCUUGCAUGUUCCUUUCGUUUACGUUUUUGUGGAAUAUAAAGACCAAAUUUGUAAUUGAUACCAAAUAGAUAAGAUGUAAUGUUCAUUAUUAAGUA